UAACCUGACACCGUAUUUGCCUUGGCCACUUCCAGUAAGAUAAGCGCAUCGUGAAGCUCAUGACCUCCACCCUCCCCUUUCCUCCCCUUUCCUCCCCCGCUCAUCCCACCAAAUUCCAUCAUCAUCAAGUUGUCGGGCGCUGGGCGGGUAGCUGGCUGCUUUCAACACGAGACACGGCGCAGUUACGACGAUUCUCACUCCCGCCAAACCCCGAGGAGGCGACACGCGGCCGGAACCCAUGAGCGGGAAACACGCGCGGCGGGCGCGGGACGGUCGCGCGCGGGCUUCACGGCGGGACGGCCCGACGCUUCGCUCCUCCCCGGUAGACGCGCCCGCGGCUCCGACGACGGCAGCCGGGCGCCCGAGCCGGGCGGCCGUGGCGAGGGCGUCCGCCAUAGCCGAGCUGCUGCGCUACGAGUGCUCCGUCCUACUGGAGCUGUAUACGAAGAAGGAGAAUUUCACACCGGACGUUGCUGACAGUCAUCUGGUGUCCGUACCUCCUCCUUCCUCCCAGCUGGACGCCAGCGACGAGCUCCGGCGGCUCCACUCCGCUCUGCUGCAGUGCCGCAGCUUGCUGGAGAGCACCAUCGCCAGGGAGGAAGAGGAGCUGGGCGGCGGGAAGGCGGACGACUACGAGACCCAGAGGAAGAUGGUGAAGGACAGGCUGUCGCUUCUCCUGAUCAGCACCGGAGAGCUCCUCCAAGCCGCUGGCGGCGCGGGCGUCCCGCCCCCCGGCGUGGAGGGUUCAAAGUCAGAUGGCUCGAGCGGUCUGUUCCAGCUGAAGCUUUGGGUGUACCGGAUCUUCAAGGAGUUGGAAUACUGGACCAAGACGGCCGUCACCACUCUGCAAGCGCUGCUUUCUGUGACCGGCAAGGAGCGUGCGAGGACCCCUCGAGGCCGGAGCCUGAGACGCGUCAGGCAAUGAGAUGGAGACGGUGUGUGUGUGUGUGUGUGUGUGUGUGUGUGUGUGGAGAAGGGAUUGAGGCGCGAGGCCAAUAACGUGGUGUGAAGGAGAGAUGAGUGAAGAUCGGCAGUCGUGAUGGUGAGAAACGGAUCUCUGACACGGGGAGAUGAUGAGGGGGUUGAACCGAGACCUUUGACUGACGGGGAGUAAAAGACAAUCAAUGUGUUCCUCACGGCUGAUAACGAGAUUCCUGCUGGAAUGGUUCCAACACAACUCCAUUUAUUGUUUAUUUCUUAAGGUGAAAUCUACGGAUUCAUCUAGAUUCCCUAUGAGUUUCUUUCUUUGCUAUUUGGUUAUGAAUGUCAUUUAACUGAAUAUCAAAAUGAAUGUGUUGAUACCUCACUAACAUCUCCCCUGCACUCCGUUCGACAUGGCUGAGGUUGUUUUUGCAGCCAAGGGGAAGCUGUGUGUGUGGGGGCAAGAGGUGGGUGACAGCGCCCUCUAGUGUGUACACUACGCGCUCCUCCCCCCUCGCUUUCCUGCUUCUCCUCAGUAAUGCGUUUCCUUCUGACAGCUUAAAAACAUCAGUCAGUACGACACUGAAAAAAUAUGUAUUGUGCUUAUAAUUGUUUGAAAUAACAGUUCACUGCUUAAAUGCAAAAAUACCUGUUAUUGAUUUUGAUUUCUUAAUUUCUUAAUUAAUAUAAUGUAAUCUCUCACACACAUUUAUGUAUAUAUAUAUACAUAUAUAUAAAUAUAUAUGUAGUUUCAUCAACGAGGGCAAUAGCAAUACAAGGAUAAGACACAAGCAUAAUGUUUGAUAUAACCGUGGUCAGUAUGAACAUUUUGAAUAGCCUUAAUUAGGACAGCAGAGAGUAAAGCGUGAUGUACGUCAACGGAUCCCGUAUCCAUCCAUGGGGCCCUUGAGGCUGCCGGCGUGAUGAUGGACUUGUAGAUAACUUGCGGUAGUUUGGUUUGACCAGAGAAACCCACGUGUAUCCGCCAGUCUCCGCUGGCCUGUUACUCAUCAAAAGUGGCCUCAGAGCCUCGUUAUCGAUGCGCGUCGGUCCGGGCGACACGACAGAUACUGUAAAUUACGCUGAAUCCUAAAAGUCUUGCAUAGGUAACCAAUACGUUCCAUCGCGGUUGUGUAAAAAUCCAGGAAAUGUCUUACAGUUUGAAUGUUUAGCACACGGGGACCAUUUGCUCAUUGGACUAAUGUAACUUUGUUUGACUGACGCUGUGCCGAUUUGAGUCGGUUGAUAAGCUGUUGGUAGGUGCACUGGGAAUAUACACGGUGAGACGUGCACGUUGUCACUGGAAGGCGACUCACACGUUUUUAAUUGUAAAGAUGAAAACCCUGCUGUUCAUGUGGUGCAUGCACUGAAUAAAGAGUGACAAUAGAACGUGCAGCGCAGAUGCAUCCUUACUAUCUAACGAUAUUGUCGUGUACUUUAAAUGCAGUGUGUAAGUACACGUGUUGCAUUUCCUCUCCUGUUUAUGGCUUUGUUUGUCUGAAGAUGACCAACGCGUUUGGUACAGAAACGCCGGCGUGCUGUGAUGGGAGAAGGUAGACGAAGCCGGAGGUCCCGGCUUAUCGGGCACAGCGACACGUUUUAUUUCUGCUGCACGGCACGAUUCAUUUAGUAAAUGACUCCAUUCAGAGUGUGAAUCCCUUGUGAUUGACACGUCGCCAGGAGAGCACAAAACGCCUCGGCGGUAACGGACAAAACCGCCAAAGUGGAGGCUUCCACUUCCUAUACGGUCCGCUGAGUCGCACUGCUUCCUCAAAGCCACGCGUUCGCGUAACGCGGUGAAGCCCGCUGUCCUCCUUCCACGGCCGCAGUCUGACCUCUGACAUGGAGGACAAGCGCCGCGGUUGCCUUGUUUGUGUGCGUGCGCGCUAUUGAUCGAUAGGCGACCUCUUUCGGUAUCGAUGGAGGGACAGAGCCGCGGACAAAUGGCUCGAAGCACAAAGAGGGGAUCAGGUUCCCGUCGCAUCGGUCCAAGAGAGUCGCAGCAGUUGCCACAGUUGUGGGGUUUCUCGCGUCGUGAAGGUGUUUUGAUUAACGCCCUCGGUAUUUAAACCAUUUUAUCUGGGGUGGUAGACUAAAACAAGUUUGAUUCACUUGUUAAUUGUUUAAUUAAUUGUUCUAUGGCCAAUGUGGCGUAAUAUGUACCAACCAUUGGAUCCACUUUUGGCCCCUGAUGGUGUGUCAAGACAAGGCGCCAGAAGCCAAAGCCAGAAUUCACCUUUUGUAUUUUCCUACUUCGCCACUUUUUGGUUUGUGGAAUUAGAAUGUGUCUCGGAAAAUGGCUUUUAGUGGUAAUUAUUCAAACUUCCUCAGGUCAUGAAAAAGAAAAUGUUACAGUACGGUUGCCCUUUAAAAAAAUCUCGUUUUAGCAGUUUGUGGCAUUUUGAGGGAUCGAUUUGCUAAAAUGGAAUAGAAUUUGAAUAAGUAUGUGUUUUAUUUGUAUACAAACCCUGAAUCUAAGGAAGGUGUUGGCGGUGGUAAAGGACAUGGCCUAAAACUAACUUAUUUGCUUCCUGGGGAGACGGAGGUUCAUUUAGAAGAUGUGUUCAUGGCUUUUGUGGGUAUCCCAGGGCUGCGCCGGUUUGUGGGAAGGUGCGUUGAAUACGGAGCGCUCGGUCUAAUCAGUCGGUUGCAACCUGUAAGCAAACCACUAGAUGCCGCCAAAUCCUUCACGCGGUCCCUUCAGCAUCGGGUCACAUUGGCAGAGCGUUCACAAAUGAAGUGACAUAAGCACAGGCCGCAGCUUUUAUUUGGUUUUAUUCAUGGAUAACAAUUUUUGAUACUGCUUCUUCCAUUUAAGGAUGAAAUACUAAAAACAUAAAACACGGCUUGGUCAAAAUUCUGGUCAAACCCUUAAAGAAAUGCGCUGAAAUGUAAACUGGAAUGAAAAGGUGGAAUGUGUUUGGUGAAACUUUCUCGGGUGUAAAAGCGUAUUUAUUAUAUAUUGGAUUCUUGAGUGGGUUGAAAUAAAUUGAUCUUGGCUUUAAAUUG